AUGGCAGAACCUGAAGACAAAGACGAACUUCUUUUCUCAGAAGACGAAGAGCCUUCAAUCAAUCUAAACAAAGAAUUCCUGUCGACUAUCUCGUUACUGAAUACAAACAUGCUUGCUGUAAACGAGUCGCUUAAGCAAUUUAGUACCCAAAGGCACACGGCAGAACCUGCCAGAAAAAGGCCACUUUUGUCAAACAAAUAAGGCCUGAACGACCAGCAGAAUGGUCAUCAAUCAGAUGCCGAUCAACUGCUGAACCAGCAGGCGAAUAAACGGCAAAAAGUCGUUAACAACGACGGCGAAAUGGGCGCCACACCAGUGGUCGUUAACAACGUCAACAAUAGCAAUGGCGGGGACGUCACAGAGUCACCCGAUCAACGCGAUGACCCUUUGCUGGAAGAAAUCGCACAAGCUAUGAAUGACGCGGAAAAAUCCGCCCCCAAAAUUGCUGAACAAUUAGCAAAAAUCAUCAACUCUCGCUGGCUAAACAAGCUGAGUGAUGAAAGCCUUCGUGAGAAACUUGAUUCCCAUUUGCGUCCGGUUAACUGUGACCGACUCAUUACUCCGAAGGUCAACCCAGAAAUCUGGGGACAUCUCGACAAAGAAACAAGAAGGAAAGAUCUAUUGCUGUCAUACUUGCAAACUAACCUAGCAGCGGUUGGUAAUAUUGUCUCGUAA